AUGGCCGACGAGUGUGCAGACGAUGAUCCAGUCGUGCGUGAGAUUGAUGUUUACGUUUCUCAAACGCUGAAAGAUAAUCUCUACUUGCUCCAGUAUCCAGUUAGACCUGCACAUUACUCAUACAACCAAAGCCAGCACUUGGCAGCUAGGAUGAAGCCUAAGCAACAAAAGUUGGAACUUGAGAUUGGCAUUGAAACAGAGAGUUCAUUUUAUUGCCAAGGAAAAGGUAGUCAACUUGCCAGCACAGUUGACAGCUCUUCGACUGAUAAAGAUUUUUUCACAAGUGGUCUGAUGGAUAAACAAAUUUUGACAUCUGAUGCAUCAUCAGAGGGAGCUGGAAGACAUGCCAUAGGAUUUCUUUGUGGAAAUGAACUACACUUGACACCUGUGAAGGGACUUAUUCAGCUGCGACCAAACUUCAGAUAUCUUGACAAGGUUGACAAACCAACUACAUCAGCUUCGGUUGAGGCUGAAGAGGAAGAAGCUCAAACUGUCACGGUUCGAUUUGCUCGAACUCCUACAGAUCGUGUACAACCUAGUCGCAUUCAAACAUCAAGACAACAAGAACGUCAAUGGGAAGAGGAGCCGUGGAUUGACUUGAGCUACAAUGAAGCAGAUUCUGAGAUUUCACGACUUGAGCAUGAAAAAUUGUUGUGUUCUAAUCGGAACAACGAGUUGUCAGUAUUCAAUGUUUCGCCAGGAGAAUAUUUAAGGUCACUCUGUCCAGCACCAUCUGAUGCAGAUGGUUCUGUUCCUGAUGGUCCAUCUAAUGUUCUUUCAAUCAGUCAGUUGAAGGGCCUUGAAUUUAUAGAUCAAAUCAAAGCUCUUCUUAUGAAUGCCAAAGUCAUAAAAUUCAACCAGAUUUGUAUGCUGUUGGAAGCAAACUCUAAACAGAUAGCUGUGUUGAGGGCUGUAUCAUCAAUGGCCAACCUUGUCCAAGGUUGUUGGGUUGUCAAAAGUGAGCUAGUGUAUCCUGAUGGCAGUACAAGUCCAACUAGUGGUGUUGGUGCAGAGGUGUUACGGAAUGGCAGAGACUAUGUUCUUUGGAAGUUUACUCAGACCAGAUUUGUUGUACGGAAGGAAAUUUCAAGUGUGGUCAAGUUGCCAUUUGAUGACUUGAAGGACAUUCUAGAGCAGGUGGCUCGCUUACGUGUGACCCAAGGUUGGGAGUUUGUGGGUGAGUAUGAUGAAGAGUUUGUCAAGAGACACAAUGACAUUGUGACACGACAGCAACAGAUAUGGGAUGCAAAAUACAAAAAGUUGUGUGAAGAUCUUGGCAUCUCAAAUAUUGAAAAAAUAACUAAAGGUGAAACACGGAAAUCACAUGACAACAUAAGAACCAAGGCGACUGAAACUGUAGAAGGCCCAAAGGGAUCGAAACCAAGAGUUCCCAGAAGUGGAAUGUCCGUGUCCGAAAAGGGUCAUUCUAUUAGUGGGGCGAGAGGUUCAGAACUGUCUGUAGAUGGGCAUAGUCAGAAAAGGUGUGAUAAAGGCAGCAAGGUGGUUAUAAAGAAAGAACCUGUAGAAACAGCUCAACCUAUGGACAUAGCUGAAUCCUAUGCAAUAGAAAGUGUGACAGAAGUGAGUGAACCUGCUGAUGUCUUCGCACCAAUGGAGCUGGACUGUGCUGCACAAGUUGAAGUGACUGUUGACAGUUCUCCAAGUAUUUACUUUCAACGCACGGCUAGUCAGUUAUCGUCCCUUUCUGAUGAAGUGGCAUCUGCUAGUGCAUCAGACAUGAGUGGUGUUGCUUCAUCAUCAGCUCCAUUUCAGUCUGUGUCAAGAAUUCCGGCUGCAUCUGCUGCUUUGAGUGCUGCAAGUAAUGCAGCUUUGGCAAAGUUUUUACGCUCUUUCCUGGGAAGGGGUGUAGUCAGUUUCCGUAGCAUCAGAGAUGCUGUGUUGCUGAAACAAGAAGGUUGCAAUGUCAAAGAUCCUCUGAAUGUGACAAUUCCAGACAUUGCUCUUGAAAAAUCACUGCAUGCUAUCGGAGCGGUGGAAGUAGAGUAUAAACGAAAACCAGGACAUUUUGAAGCCAUUUCAAGCAGUCGAUUAUUUGCUUUGAAGUCAACUGAUGAAACAACAGACAAAUACCGCCACGUGUUACUGGAAAUGUUCCGUGAUGGCACAGUUUGGCAGAAAAAGCAGAUUGUACAACGAAUUGCAGAAAAACUGGGUGAAGAACCAACUCAACGUGAAGUCACUAAAGUUCUAAAGGAUCUCUGCUAUUGCAAGAGCAACAAACACUGGCAUCUUAAUGGAACAGAAUGAUCUACUAGCAAAUAGAACUGAUACAGUUCUGUAUGGUGAGGCUAGAGUAGUAGUUAAAGUUACACUUACACCACAGUGGUGAAC